AUGUUCUGUCCCAGCAUGGUGCCUUUGCAGCUCCCGACGCCGCAAGAUGCCCAGAGCCAGAUCGACCAGCUCCAGAAGCAGCUCCUGCAGCUCCAGCAGCAACAGCAGCUGAUCAUGCAGCGACAGAUGCAGGGCCUGCAAGAGAGCGAGGAGAGUUCAGAAGUUCGGCGCAUGCGUGUUCUUUUCGCGUUCUUUUCCUCCGCUCUUGCCGUGUCCUCUUGCCGUGCCUUAACGAAGAGGUUGGCCGGCACCUCGUCCCCGGACCGGAACGGCCGCCGCGAGUCCUGCGGGUUCCGCAGCCCAGCCAGUGCCGGAUAUGUCACCGCCGUGCGCCCGUAUGCUUCUCGAACCUUUGCAUUGUAUGGCGGUCGACAGUUCGCGUGCCGGAGGUCACAGCCACAACCGGCACAGCCGGCGCAGCCGUCUCAGCCGGCGCAGCCGGCGCAGCCGGUGCAGCCGGUGCAGACGGUGCAGCCGGUGCAGCCGGUGCAACCAGUGCAGCCGGUGCAGCCGGUGCAGCGGGCACCGCCAGCACAGCCGGUGCAGACGGUGCAGCCGGUGCAGCCGGUGCAGACGGUGCAGCCGGUGCAGCGGGCGCCGCCAGCACAGCCGGCGCUGCCAGCUCAGCCGGUGCAGCCGGUGCAGCGGGUGCCGCCAGCACAGCCGGCGCCGCCAGCACAGCCGGCGCUGCCAGUGCAGCCGGCGCAGCCAGCGCAGCCAGCGCAGCCAGUGUUGGUACUGGCACAGGCAGUUCCCUUGCUGGCCCCAGGCUCACCUGUGGCUUUCCAGGCGUGUUGGCUGUUCGGGGCUGACCCAGAGACCAAGUGUGGCAUUCUCCCACGUGCUGUUCAGGUGGAAGACCUGGUGGAGGCACAAUGCGCUGGUUGGGGGGAGGAUUGGUUUCCAGCAAAGGUCCGGGAGCUUCUGCCUAACAACGAGGUUCAGGUAUUGUGGGAAGGUGACGAGCCUUCCAUCUCAAAUGUUUCCCUAAGCAUGGUUCGCAAACGUGAGGUUGCCGCACCGGCCAGCAUGCCCAGCGUGAGCAUGCCGGACACUGCCGAGCAGCCCACGCAGCCUGCGCAGCCCUCGCAGGCUUCGCCGCCCCUGCAGCCAGAGGCUGAGCAGAUGGCGCGGAAAAGGCCCGCAGAGGCACACUUGGCGCCGUUGGCAUCGGUGAGAUCCGCCGAGGUGGAAGGGCCUCUGCUGGAGUUCAACCUCCGUGCGGGUCCCGGCAUGGAGUUUUCCGAGCCCUUCGCAAAUCUCAGGAGGCGCUUGGAGCUGGAGUUGAAAGAGGGCCGGAAGGUGUCCAUACGGUUGCGGGUCUUGAGGCCCCAACCGCCGGAGCCGCCGCCGGGCGAGCCGCCUGGCGUGCCGCCCGGCGUGCCGCCCACCCAGCCGCCCGAGCCGCCGGGCGAGCCGCCCGAGGCCCCGGCUGCGGCCUUGGCCCCACCCGGGCCACCGGAGAUGCCGAUGGAGGAGCGCACUUCGGAAAUUGGUCACCGGAAAGUUUGGAAGGGACAGCAUAUGACAGCAUGCUGGGAUGGGCCAGGCACGGCCCCGGGUCCUGCUGAAGGAAAAAGGCCGGCCAGUCCCUUGAACUCCUACUUCGAUGUUCCAAGUCGGGAAGAAUCAGCGGUGUCGAAGGCGCAGGUGUUGCGCCAGCGGCGAGCUUUCCGAGCGGGCGGGGGGCGAAUUGGAGAGAAGAGCAUGGAGCGUGCAUGA